CAAAUCCCAGAUACGCAGCAACUUCCAUCGUCGUUAUAACUAAUGAUUAUCGAAGAAAAGUGUAUGCAUCCCCCUCCACCUCCGUACCUUAAUCUUUCUCCUCCCCCUCCCUUUACCCCUUCCGAAUCCUUACCGAAACAACAGCCGGCUUUGGGGAGUUUACCUCCGCAUCUGUUACUGCAAAUCGUCUACUGCACGUUUCCUCAACGCGAUGGAACAUUUGAAGGCGAAGGAAAGAUUGAGCGGCAGCGCAUGACCCUCUACUGGCUCGUAACUUCGCUGAGACUAGUCAAUAAGACACUAUAUGUCGCGUGCAUGCACAUUCUCCGUUCCACCUAUCUACCCGCGUACAAUUCACUGAUUCGAGCACCCUACACCACAGAUCCCUUCCCAAGCUCGAGUAUGCCCUCAGCAGAAACAACGACAAAGCCCUCCAUCUUCUCUACUCACCGAGAGCUCUCUACGUUGGAUCUUUUCAUCGCACUGCUCGCCCACGAGGAUCUCAUGCUGGAUUCUACGUCGCUUCAUCUCCCGCGAGAAGAAGCAUACAAGGAUCUCUUUGAUAUGGUACAACCCAAGACUCGCCUUGAAGACCUGGUAAUAGAGGAAGGCGUCCAAGCAGGGGUCAUACAAGUCGCAGGACUUACCGUUCAACGGCCGAGUAUUACGGACCGUGCCAAUACCCACACUGUAGUAGAACAGGUUAGUCCCACGAUAUCAUCCUCGCCUACACCGUCGAGCUCCGGAUCAUCUCCUGCCGUCCCACCAUCACCAUCCAAAUCAGGUUUCAACAUAUUCUCAAAGUCCGCUCUCAAGACGUCUUUCUCUAAAGCAAAGAAAGUGUCGCCGACUCCACCGCCGCAACCGCGGCAUACUGUUCAACCCCUACCCUCCGACUAUCUAUCCGUAUCGUUUACGCCCAAAAGGGUGGCAUUGGUGUACACUCAGUCUUCUAUGAAUGCUUCGUCGUUCAAUGGGAGUGAAUUUGGUGCGCUUAGCAUGAGCGUUAGUGGACCCACAGGGCCCGGAGGGAGGCGAAAGACCAUUGUUGAGGUGGUGAGGGACAAUAGGGACGAGCCUCUUGAGGUAUGUGCUAGGAACUUGGUCGUUGCACUUAGGGAAUGGCUGGAAGAAGGAGAUUGAAUAUCCACGACGGUAUCUCGAUGAUAAUACCCCUUCGCAUACGAUGUCGGGCAUUGGAGUUCUAUCGGAUAAAAUGUCUAUUAUGUUAGUACACACUUCUUUGUUAUUACAAUUCAUGAAUUCAGAAAUGCUUUCGGUUCCCUUUGACUCAUUUGUC